AGAGGACGGGCGACGAACGGCUGGGAUGUUUUCAAAACCAGAGAUGAACGUCACACAGCCGUAGGCUACGGUUAACGUCCAAUAUUUAGGAAAUAACUGAUUAUAUUGCGCAAUAUUCACAUAUAGCUGAACCUGAAUGAGUCGGUGGGGACGUGUAGCCCAGUUUAGAGGUGCAUGAUGAACCUACUGUGCUGUAGCUGUCACAGCUAGUCAGGUGCCACACCAUGGCCAAACCUGGGAGCGACAGAGAUGGCGCCAUGGUGGAUAAGCAGGCGGGGAAGAAGAACAAAGACAAGUUGUCCCCUUUCACCAAAACUCCAAAGUUGGACCGGAGUGAGUUGCUGGGGAAGGAAGGGAAAGCCAAGUCUUCCAUGAAGCGCAAGCUCACCUUCACUACCAGUCCGCCUCGGACAGAGGAGCGGGACUCAGACACCGAUGACUCAGACCCAGGCCAUUCGAGUGAGACCUGGGGAGAGAGAUUAGUGCCUCCCUGCAGGAUAUACGCAGAUAAAGAUGGACCAGACAAGAAGAAGGUGAAAAAGGAAGCUGGAGGCAAGAAGUCGCAAGCUUCUAACCUUUUGUUUGGGUAUCCUCUGUCAGAGCGCAAACAGAUGGCUCUUCUAAUGCAGAUGACUGCCAACAGUCCAGACUCUACCCCCAGCCACCCUUCACAAACGACCCCUGUGCAGAAGAAAGUCCCCAGCAGUGCCUCGUCUCGACAGAAGGACAAGGUCAACAAGAGGAAUGAGCGAGGGGAGACACCCCUUCACAUGGCAGCCAUCCGGGGAGACGCCAAGCAAGUGAAAGAGCUCAUUAGCCUGGGAGCUGAUGUCAACGUCAAAGACUUUGCAGGUUGGACUCCUCUCCAUGAGGCGUGUAAUCUUGGUUACUAUGAUGUGGCCAAGGUCCUAAUAGCAGCAGGAGCAGAAGUGAACACGCAGGGUCUGGAUGACGACACACCUCUUCACGAUGCUUCCAGCAGUGGGCACAAAGAUAUUGUGAAACUGCUACUACGGCAUGGUGGUAACGCUUUCCAGGCCAACAAGCGUGGGGAGCGCCCAGUGGACGUGGCAGACUCUCAAGAGCUGGAACAGCUAUUAAAGGGAGAAGUGCCACUAUCGGACCAAGAUGAAAGCUCUUCAGACUCUGAAGACCCACCAUCUGUCAAUCCAUCCAGUGUGGAUGACAACAUGGAAGAUUCUGAUACUGAAAAGGACUCAGAUGGCAAAACAACCACAAAAUCUGCUGUUCCGGGGCUGGAUGAGUAUGAGUUCAAGGAUGAGGAGGAGGAGGAGGAUCUGAGUAAGGCCCUGAACGACAGACACAUCCUCCGCAGGGAACUCCGACAGAGAGAGAAAGAGGACAAAGAUAGAAAUCAUGUCGCAGGAAAGCAGGGUGGCAAGGGGGAUUCCUCCUCUAAGUCUAAGAAGCAGAAGACCUCCCGCAUCAACUGCAGCUCAGAUACCUCCAGCGAUGAAAUGGAGAGUCUUCCUGAGAAAAGGAACUCGCCCACCUGUUCUCAGAGCUCAGAGAGCCACAAUGCUGACACAAGGUCAAAAAAGGACAAUGCUGAGCUAAAGGACAAGGGCAAAGUUAAGAGGAAGAGCAAAAGCCAGAACCGAAACAAAGAAAACCAAGAAGACGGGAAAGAGAACAGCAAAACAUUAGUACUGUCACUAGCAACUGUGUCUGAGAGCACAGAAAAGAGCCGGGAGGAAGACUCUUUCAAGAUGUCUUUCAGUCCCAAAGAUGAGUCAUCCGUCCACCUCUUCCAUUUGUCGUCCAUUAAAUCUCCCAAACUGAACCACAACUUGACAGAUAAACAAACACCACUCAAGCAGGAAAACACUAAGUGUGUUUCAAUCAGUGACAGCUCAUGUCCUGUUGAUGGUGUCAAAUACAACCACUACACAGACGCAGACUACUGCACCGAAGGUUCCAGCACCAAGGGCUGUAAGCACAAAGAAAAGAGCAAACAUCAACAGAAAGACACAAGUGUAGAUGGAGAUGAUGGACAUUCAAGCCCUUACAAAGAAGUAAACAUAGGAAACAGCAUAGACAGCUCUGAUGGGGCCUUACGAAAAACUGACCUAGAUGGUAAAGUAGUAAAGAAGCAUAAACUUAAACACAAAGAAAAAGACAAACACAGGAGGGAAUAUGAGGCUGAGCGGAGCCGCCACAGGCAAAAAGAGGCCAGGAAAGACAGCCACAGGAAUUUGGAGUUUGACAGAGAGUUCUGGAAAGAGAAUUUUUUCAAAAGUGAUGAUACAGAUGAACCUCUGCCAGUAAAAAAGGAAGGUGAAGACAACAGUUCACUUCAGAAAGCCUCUGAUUCUCCGCCUGUCAAAGAUGAGAGAAACUUAAAGGAGAAGCACUCCGGCAGCAAGGAGAAGAGGCUGAGAGAGGAGCGAGAAAAAGACAAAACCAUGAAAAAAGAGCGCAAGGAGACUGCCGGUAAAGAGGAGAAAGCGAAGGAUACAAAGCUGAGUGAGCGUGACGAGAGAGUGGACUGCCACGGCUCAGGGCGGAUUCCAGAGGAGUCGCUACAGAGCAACAGCAUGAAAGAAGAAACAGAAGAGAAACCCGUAAGUGGGAUCACAGCUGAUCAAGAACAGCUGGAGCUCUCUGAAAAAGGCUCACGCGAGAAAACUGACAAGAAGCUCCCAGGAAAGGAGAAGGAUUCUGAAAAAAUGGAGAAAAAACAUCCUGACAAGGAAAAGAAGGUUAAGAUGGAGCACUUUGACAAAACUGAACCACAGAAUUCAGUGGAUCGUUGGAAGGAAAAAGACAGAACAGGAACCAUUUCUUCCCACUUGUCUGGAGAUAAAAACUACAAAGAAAAUGAAAAACUGAAAUCUUUAUCCACAACAAAAAAACAUGAAGACAGCAGGAAAAAUAAAGAUAAGGUAGAGAAGCGGUCUGAAAGGGAGCGGCAGGAUAGGGAAUAUAGUGUUGGGGAUCACAGAGAAAAGGAUCGUACAAACUCUGAUAAGAAAGGAAAACCUCUGGAAAAGACCAUGGACCAUAGUAAAUCAGACCGUUCAAAAGAGAAGGACUGUGACAGGAAGAAGAGAGAUAAAAUGAAAGAUGGACCUCUUUCCUCAAGUUCCAAUCUAAAAUUACUGUUGGAGGAAAAGAAAAGCUAUCUCUCUGAAAGUGGCAAGUCCUUAUCAGCAAAAUCAAAGGAGGAACUUGUGAGAACACCAGAAAAAGAUCGUGACCGGAGAGACCGAGACAGGGACUCGGACAGACACAAGGACAAAGAUAAGGAACGGCACAAAGACCGCUCCCAGCAGGCCAAGCUGAUGAAGGCCAAACCAAAUGAAUCCGACAUAGACAAGGCCAAAUCUAAAGCCUCUCCAGCACCACGGGACACCAAGCCCAAAGAAAAAAGGCUUGUCAAUGAUGACCUGAUGCAGACCAGCUUUGAGCGCAUGCUCAGCCUGAAGGACCAGGAGAUUGAGCAGUGGCAUCGGAAACACCUUGAGAAAAUCAAGCAGAAAGAAAGGGAAAGGCUAAAACAGCGACCUCUGGCAGAUUCAGCAAAGGCCAAACCUAAAGACAGAACGAAACCUGACACGUGUUUAAGCAAAGAGCUGGUGCGCUCGAAAAGCUCAGAGGUCUCAGAUGUCCAGAGCAGAGAAAAACCCCUUAAAGAAGGCACCAGUCCCAGAACAAUGUCUCUUGAUGGAAAGUCUCUCCCCUCAGUCAGUGCGAAGGUCAUAUCAUCUGUGGAAAACUGCUUGACCAGAUCUCCCAGGCCAGAGAGUGAACGCGGUGGCGUCAUGUCCAGGUCAGUGUCUCUGGUUUCUGUUGCUAGCUCAGAGGACUCAUGUCAAGCAGCGACACUAACACCUAAACACACAGAAUAUGACUCUGACAUGAACCUGGAAGCCUCAGACUCACAGCCUGCAUUCCUCCAGUCUUCCCUCGUCAUUCAGGCCACCAGAUCACCGUCUGUUCAUGAUAAAGAUUGCAACAGUCUUCCAGAUGUGUCCCAAAGUAAUCGGACCCCGCUGUUUGGUAGACAUGAAUCUCCUUACCUCAGGGCUAUUCUGGAUGAGGAUGCCAACUCAUCGACUGAAGGCAAAAAUGUUGAAAAUCUGCCAAAAGCCAACCUGCAGCCUACAGAGGAGGUGAGAUUGAGAGACACCCUGGCAGAAGGAGAUGAGAGCCUUAGCAGUCACAAUUUGACAGAACAGCAAUAUACAAACUCAGCUGCUGACACAGGUGCAGACAGAGAGGGGAGCACUCCUGGCACAACACAAACGCUAAAUAAAGAUCCUCCAAGUAAAAACCUGACACUUCCACAGUCCGGACUGUUGCAGCUCAGUGGUCCUCAAACAGUGUCAACAGAGCUGAGGGCACUGUCCUCCUCUGACUUUUCUGGCACACAGUGUCCGACUGACAACACAAGUUCACUGGCAGAAUGUAAAGAUACUGAGCACCCAUCAGUACUUGCAGGGUCUCCCCCCCUCGAGACCUCAGUACCCACAAAUUCAAAACCCUUCCAACACAGGGAACCGCUCCCAUGUUCCGCUGUUGAAAACCUGCAGCAGACGGAGCUGGACACGAUAUUGGGUUCUGACCAUAAAGACAAAUCUCUUGAGAAUUCUGAUAGAACAGAACCAGAAAGCAUGGACAAUGUUUCAGAGAGCUACAGAGCAGAUGGGAUAGGGAGUCCUGUACCAUCCACCAGUGAACACAUUCCCAGCUCCACUGCAGGGGAAUCCUCAGCAGGCUUUGGCAAAACAAGCACAGAGCCCAAAUGUUGUCCAGAGGACAUGGAUGUAGAUAGUUAUGACUGCAAGAAAUCAAGAACUUCCAGUGACACAGUGUGUCUUGAUCCUCCAGUGGAGAAGGAUGGAAUCCUGCAUGUAUCAUCCACCAGUUUAAAUACCGAACACAAGGAUGAAGAGAUGUCAGACUUCUCGCAGAGCUCGGAGAACAAUAAUGCUACUGCCAUUUCUGCUGCAGCAGAGGCUUCUUUGGUUGAAAACAGCGAGUGCUCGUCUGAAUCGAGAACAGAAGCCAACCCAGAACCGAUGGAGGCGGUCCCUGCUGAUGACAAACCAGAGUCACUGUCAGCUGCAGAAGAGCAAAGCACCAUCCCGCCAGUAGUUCAAACUGACCCGAGCAACAACGUCUCAGCGAGCUCCUCUCCACAAUCUGGAGACCGGGACUCAGACUCCUCAGGGGCUAAGAUCAAGGUUCGUUCUGCAGACGAGGAAGUGGACAUACAUGUGCCCCAUCCACGAAAGAGGAAGAUGCCGAAGAUGUCUGCAUCACAGUCCUCCAGCGCUCAGCAGGACAAGGAGAGAGGCCAGCAGUCUCUGGCUGCUAUUGUUGACUCCAUAAAGCUGGAGGAGAUCGAGCCCUAUCAGACAGAGAGGGCCAACCCUUACUACGAGUUCCUGCACAUUCGCAAGAAGAUUGAAGAGAAGCGCAAAGUGUUGUGCAGCGUCACCCCCCAACCACCACAGUAUUAUGAUGAAUAUGUGACCUUCAACGGAUCCUACCUCAUAGAUGGGAACCCACUCGGCAAGCUCUGUAUUCCAACAAUAACUCCACCUCCGUCGUUACCCGAGCAGCUGAAAGAGAUGUUCAAACAACAAGAGGUGGUCCGUAUGAAACUACGGCUCCAACACAGCAUUGAAAGGGAAAAGCUGAUUGUUUCAAAUGAACAGGAAGUCUUACGAGUUCAUUACCGGGCGGCAAGAACACUAGCCAAUCAGACUCUGCCUUUCAGUGCCUGUACAGUUUUAUUGGAUGCUGAAGUGUACAACAUGCCUCAAGAUGUCCAGAGCGAUGAUGGCAAGACGUCAGUAAGAGAUCGAUUCAACGCCAGACAGUUUAUGUCGUGGUUACAGGAUGUCGAUGACAAGUUUGAUAAACUCAAGACGUGUCUACUGAUGAGGCAGCAGCACGAGGCGGCGGCUCUGAACGCUGUCCAGCGUCUGGAGUGGCAGCUCAAACUACAGGAGCUGGACCCAGCCACCUACAAGUCCACCAGCAUCUUCGAGAUCCCUGAGUUCUACAUCCCACUCGUGGAGGUCAACGACGACUUCGACCUCACCCCAAUAUGAGCAAGCCCUUCGGUGAGUCCAGCGUCGGCACGGCGACGACACCUGUGGACACGAGAAGAAGCCCGCACGCAUUCAAGAAGAGGAAAAAAUGUGAAGCACUUAGAAUGUGGCGACGAGGCGAAAAGAGCACUUAGAAACUGUUAUCCAGAGCUCUGACAGUCCCAACAGGCACCAUGAGGACUCGCCGUGAUGCACGGAGCCCACGCCUGUGGAGGGGGAACGCCCAUGGAGCAAAGACCAAAGGCGGGACCAGGCGGUGCAGAGAGCAGCAGUGUGAAGCGAGGGCUGGACCAGUCUGCCUUCCACUGCUCCUCAUCAGGCAGGGUCACACAGAUGGAAGAUUUCAAAUGUUUUCAAAGUGAGUGUUCAUACAUUGUGUACAGACUGUGCUCUUAAUUUUUUUAACUUAUUUUAUACAUAAAAUUGUGCAUUUGUAAAUAGCCAUGUAAUUAUUGUUUUAAACUUGUAAAAACAAUAAAGUAAUAGAUAUUUUGAUUGUAAACUUGUUCUGUCUCAUGUUUUAAUGGACCAAAGUUGGUUUUUAUAUCGAGUGUCCUCUUUGUCAGUGAUGUUCUUGUUGUUGUUGGCUUAAAUCUUAAGCAUGUGUUGGCUUUUGUUGUUUUGUUUUUACUGUUUUCUUCCUUCCUCAUCUGGAGUUCCACGCCACAGCUGGUGUUUUUUGACUUUGGCAAUUAAAUGCUGUGCAUGCGUUGCGUUGUUUGUACUUUUUCCUAAAAAGCUGUACUGUGGACUUAAUUGUGAGAUUUACUGAAGUGUUCCAGCUUUUUUUGCGCCAUUGUGUUGCGUCCUUUCUGCGGCCUCACUCCUCAUGUGUUGUCCAUUGUGUCUUGCGCACUUCAAGUCUGUUGUGGCUUCCAAGGAAAAAAAACACACAGUACUUUUACAGUUUCAAUGUGAGAUCACAACAAAACCUAUUUUUUCAACAUAAUGCCUUUUGAACGAUAGUUCUAAAAAUGUCUAUUUUAAUAUUUACUUGUUACAUGAACUUGUACAUAUUUGUAAUAUAUAAUUGAAUAAAAUUUAUUUGUUGUGAAAUGAAA